UGACUGUUGACAGCUCCUCUGUAGAAAGAACAUGGUGUAACGUAAUUCUUCGGCGAAUGAAUCCUUCAUCAGUCUGCUGCACUCCAGUCCCAGUCGUCCCCCGAAACGUUUUGCCUUAAAGUUUUUAAAGUAGCCUGUAGAGUUGACCAGCAGCUUUCUAUCUGAAGCACCCGGUUCUUCCCAGCCUGACGGUCAGAGAUGGACGGCGGACCGGAAGCUGUUCCUUACUGCUGCGCCACCUGUGAAGGAGGAGAGGUCCCGAACCGCGGCCUGGGUCGGCGCUACAAGAGCCGCAGCCUGAGCACCUCAGCAGCCACCACCUACUCAGAGUACAGGAGGAGUCAGUCACUUCAUGGACCGAGCCCCGUCACCACUUUUGGCCCAAAAGCAUGCAUGCUCAAGAAUCCUCAUGCUGUAAUGCACAUUCAGGACCCCGCCAGUCAGAGGCUGACGUGGAACAAGCCACCAAAAAGUGUCCUUGUCAUCAAGAAGAUCCGAGAUUCCAGUCUGCUUCAGCCUUUCAAAGAGCUCUGCAUCUUCCUCACAGAGGUGAAAAACAUGAUUGUUUACGUGGAAAAAAAAGUUCUGGACGAUCCAGCCAUUACAGGAGACGAGAACUUUGGAACCGUUACUAAGAAAUUUUGCACUUUCAGAGAAGAUUUUGAUGACAUCUCCAAUCGAAUAGACUUCAUCAUUUGUCUUGGUGGAGAUGGAACUCUGCUGUAUGCGUCUUCACUCUUUCAGGACAGCGUUCCACCAGUUAUGGCCUUUCACCUGGGCUCCCUGGGCUUCCUGACACCUUUUAAAUUCGACACGUACCAGUCCCAGGUCACCCAAAUUAUCGAAGGCAACGCUGCCAUUGUUCUGAGAAGUCGCCUGCAAGUCCAGGUGCUUAAAGAGAACUGGGAGGAGAAGGACGCCGUGGACGAGAAGGGCGUCAUCCUCACCAACGAGGAACACGAAAUGGGCCGCAAGGCCUUGCAGUACCAGGUCCUGAAUGAGGUGGUGGUGGACAGAGGACCCUCCUCGUAUCUCUCCAACGUCGACCUCUACCUGGACGGACACCUGAUCACCACGGUGCAGGGCGAUGGUUUGAUCGUGUCGACACCGACGGGCAGCACGGCGUACGCACUGGCAGCAGGAGCUUCCAUGAUCCACCCCAACGUCCCAGCCAUCAUGAUUACUCCCAUCUGCCCUCACUCGCUCUCCUUCAGACCCAUCGUGGUGCCCGCCGGGGUGGAACUCAAGAUCAAGCUGUCGCGCGAUGCCAGAAACACGGCCUGGGUUUCUUUUGAUGGAAGAAAGAGGCAGGAGAUCUGCCACGGAGACAGUAUUACCAUCACCACUUCCUGCUUCCCCGUUCCGUCCAUUUGUUUCCGCGACCCGGUGAACGACUGGUUCGAGAGCCUGGCGCAGUGUUUGCACUGGAACGUGAGGAAGAAGCAGAACUACCUCAACUCGGAGGACGAGGAGUUCUGAGCUGAGGAAUCGUCUGGGGUUUUUCCCCACGGAUCCCCAGGACUCGGGACUGAAACUCGACUGCCUUCUGUUUCGGUCGUUCGGUCUUUAAUGGACAGAC